AUGACGCCUAAUUUCACGAUCAAGUCCGGCGCCAAUAGCUACAUGGUAGACCUUGAUAUCAUAUCUUCUGCCUCGGAGUAUUUUAAAAUCGCAUCGCAGUUUGGGACAAAGGCUUCUGAAGGUGUGGUAACACUUCAUGAUGAUGCUCCCGCAAUGGUCGACAUGAUGGUUGAGUUCCUCCAAAACGCCGAUUACCAUCCCACUGCUUGGAAACCCGACACGGACUCAGAAUCUUUGGUCUGGAUCAGAACGUGCGGUAUCAAUCCAUACAUGUGUCGCGAAAGUACAGACAAAUAUGGCCCUCUCAGUGGUAGUGGCGUAUCGAUCGCUCUUUCUACACACUCAUCACCGAACUCUGACGUUGCACCUCCAAGCAACUCAAACAAGCGGGCAUUUUCGGCUCUCGACGACAUCCAGCCAGACAAUGUGUCCCACAAACGACAACGCGUCGCUCCAAGCAUACCAAAGGGCUCAGGCUUCGCGCUCUACCAUACACCAACACCUCGCCACAUGUUGCUACACCUUCAGCUCUGGGAAGUAGCCGACAAGUAUUUGGUGCCUGAUCUUCAAGCUCUCUGCACCCAAAGAUUCAAGGAGGCAGCCGAAUAUUACUAUAGUCAUCCAGAGAUGAUUGAUGCAAUCUUGUUCGUCUAUGGAUAUCUUUCUGACAGUGCGAAGGAUUUGCGGAAGUUCAUAGUGUCGAUCGUUGAUGACAACCCUAUCUUGCUUGAAGAUGCGGAAAUUCAGGGAUCCGUAUUCUAUCAAGAGUUAUGCGAUGCGGUGGUAUCAUUAGCGAAUGGGCGGACGGAUCGGCCAGACCCUUUUAGGGGAAAGUCGCAAUGUUUCCAAAGGAGCAACUGGCCUCAUGUCUCUUAG